AUGGCCCCAAUCAACACCACCCUAUCUCCACGACAAUCCACCGCCUCAUCCACCACCAGCUGCCCAAACAGUCUCUCCAGCGGGGCCAUUGCUGGCAUUGUCAUCGGCACGAUCGCAGGCACGCUGCUGAUCCUCUGGCUCAUCCGCCUGUGCCAGCUGCCUGGCGCGUGGAGUUUCGGCGGCGAGCCUGACCCUGGCUACCGGCCGCCGGUUACCCGGACUCACGGUCGCAGACGGCGUCGGCGCCCGUCGGUCGUGGAGUACACGGAGAAACCUGUUUCGCGCCGGUACCCGACGGAUGUGCGCCGGCCGGAGAGGGUGUAUGUGACUUGA